CAGAGCAAUCAUAUGUAAGGGUAAUGAUGUGAUUCCCAUGUCAUUUGACUUCACACCAGAGUCGGAGAGGGAACGCAUUAAAUAUUUGGGUCUCCUAAAGCCGGAACUGCUUGGAAACGAUUUCACGCAUUUAGAGUUUGUUCGCAGACCUGCCCGAAGAGAUUUGGGAAAGAAGUUGCUCUACAGAGACGCUUAUAUGUCCGGAUGGUCUUAUAAGACGGUUACUAUCGAAGACCUUAAGUUUCCGCUCAUUUAUGGCGAAGGAAAACGAAGCCGAGUGUUGGCUACGAUAGGAGUGACGCGAGGCUUCGGUGACCACGAAUUAAAAGCCCAAAACAGUGACGUCGACAUCAAACCAUUCCUGACGGCACAGCCGGAGGUUCGCAUUUAUGACGUGGAAAACGAUGAGAAUAUCACUGAUGGAGACGUUCUGGUGAUCGGAACCGAUGGCUUGUGGGACAUCACGACCAACGAGAGCGCAGCCGAUGUCAUACAAAAGUCAUUGGAUGUCUUCCCGGCAAACGAUGUUCAGCGAUACAAAUACCGAUACAUAUCCGCCGCACAAGACUUAGUGAUGCAUUCCAGGGGAAAGUCACGCGAGAGGGGAAGGGGUUGGAAGACAGCGGACAAUAAGACGGCGACCANCCGCACAAGACUUAGUGAUGCAUUCCAGGGGAAAGUCACGCGAGAGGGGAAGGGGUUGGAAGACAGCGGACAAUAA